UGUCUGUCAAAUUAUUUAGCUAGCCAAUGUUAGCUAGUUAGCCGGUAUGACACUUAAAGGAAUGUCGACCAGCUGACCAGUUUUAGCGAAAAUUGCACCGGGACACACGUGAACGUCUCUGUUAAAAGGGUCUUUUACAAUUCUUUGGAAAAUACGUAGCGGAUGGCCCGGACAGCACUUGUAGUGGGACCUACAUAGAAAGAGGGGCACCUUUCUGAACCUCUGAAUGAGUUAUGAACUUAAACCCCUUCUGGAGCAUGUCUGCCAAUACAAGUCGUAAGCAGAGAACUGACAGCGAGGAACAGAGUGGGCACAGUGAGCAGAGAGCCAGCCCAGCCCGACUGCCCUUUGGCAAAAAGCAGCUUCCACCCAUUCCUAAGAAUGCUGCCCCCAUUACCAAGCCUGCGUCUACGGGCACCCUAGCACCGUCAGCCAAUGGCACACACGCUUCUUAUGGUCCCUUUUACUUGGAGUACUCUCUGCUGGCUGAGUUCACAUUGGUGAUUAAGCAGAAACUGCCUGGAAUUUAUGUCCAGCCAUCCUACAAAUCGGCACUCAUGUGGUUUGGGGUCAUAUUCAUCAGACAUGGCUUGUACCAGGAUGGAGUCUUCAAGUUCACUGUGUAUAUUCCAGAUAACUAUCCAGAUGGAGAGUGUCCUAAAUUAGUAUUUGACAUCCCAGUUUUCCAUCCUCUCGUUGACCCCGUUUCUGGAGAGCUUGAUGUCAGAAGAGCUUUCACCAAAUGGAGACGGAAUCACAACCACAUUUGGCAAGUCUUGAUGUACGCACGUACAAUUUUCUACAAGAUUAAUACCACAGAACCACUCAACCCAGAAGCGGCUGUGCUAUAUGAAAAGGAUGUGCAGUUGUUCAAAAGCAAAGUGGUGGAUAGUGUGAAAUUAUGCAACAGUCAUCUUUUUGACCAGCCCAAGAUGGAUGAUCCGUACGCAAUAAGAGACGGCCUGACGAUCACCACAAGGGAACACAGGUGUCUGGGCUGUCUUGGGUGAAGCCUGGAUCGAUGCAGCCCUUCAGCAAAGAUGACAGUCCUCCCCAGAGCUGAGCCUGCAGUGUCGAUGCAGCGGCCACCAGAGGGCGGCGCAUGCACCGGAUACAUCGGCUUGCCUCAGCUGUUUAUGUGAACUGGAUCCUUGAAACAGUUGGGAGAACUUCAUGUUAAAUCUCCACAUUAUUGUUCAGCUUUAAAGGCUUUGUAGGCAUCUCCUCAAACAGCUUUAGAAUAAGGAAAGAAAGUUUGUAUUAUAUGUAAAUCGACGAUGACAAAUGGAUGUCCCAGCAACCUCAUUUAGGCUGUGAUGCAAUCAAAGAGCUUUGUCAAUUAGAUUUUCAGAACCAUGCACAUCUUGGGCUAGGUGAUGCAACAUACUGUCCCAAAAAGGAGCUGCAAAGCAUUCAUAUGGUAAGUAGAGUGGACUACGUGAUCGCUACCACUUAUUGAAAUUGGCUCAGGACUGUUUUAUUUGUCAGACUUUGAAUGUUGUCAGUCAAAGUUGUGUGAAUGAAACCUCAUGAGCCCCUCAUUAACCAAUUAGAAUGACAUGUUUUAUAUUUGUUUCUUAAUGGACAAUGAUUUAUUUUUAAUCCCACUGUGUAAACUAUUGUCUUGCAUAGUUCCUAAUAAAUAUAUAUUUAAAAAAAGCAGAGCAGGCAAGUAUGGUUUUAAAUGAGAUGCUAAAGAACUAAACUUGUGUAUUUUAUUUUGUCUGGUUUUAAAUCAUUUUGAAUGUUUUCUGUACCUUUUUGGCUGUUGGUUAUUAAAGGUCUGGGUUGUAUAUAAUGGAUGCUGUGCUAAGAUUUGACUUUUAAAGAACUGUGUGCAUUGACGCUUGGCCUUUCUAAUUUGAUUUCUUUGGUUUUUCUUUGCAAAUGUUACUUAAGCUUUCUCAUCGAUAUUUUCGUCACAAGUUAAAACGAUAUUGCAGGAUUACCGCAUGAGUCAGAAGGAAAAUCAGAAAUGUAUUUUCAUAAGUUUAGUUAUUAACUAGUUUCUAAGUACCACACAAUUGCGUUUUGUCCAGUUCCAAAAACUACCCCUUUUCCACUGUGCCAGAUAAAUGUUUUGUUUUGUGUAAUGUCUUCAUCCGUAAAGGGCUCUGGCUUAAAUGUUCGUAAUAAUGCCCUGACACUUUUAUUAUGCAAAUAUUGUAAAACUAAGGGUGUGGGAAGUGGGUGUUAUUUUUAAAAUGUGUGGGAACCCCAGAAGGAAAUUACUAUAUCAGAAUAGCAGAUAUGGUGCUGAAACCCGGGAGAUCUAUUUAUAGCUGCUGUAAAAAACAGGAAAAGGUUCGGUGUACAUCACACACUGACAUUUGGGCUUUUGACCAAUUCGAAUGUGUGAGUUUCAAUGUUUUCCAUAUGGACCGUUCCUGCUCCAGUUUGUGAAGGGCAUUGAUGCAUAAAUGACAUGAGGUUUAAAGGCUUUUCUUUGAAAUCAAUAAACUGAUCAAAAAAUA